ACUAACUAAAUAAAUUGUUGAUCCUUUAAUCAACAAAUAUCUCCAAUAAACAAACAUUAUUAGAAUAUGUAUGCCAAUUUAAUGAGGAAAGUGGAAACAUGUAUUAAAGAGUCGCGUGUUAUUAAAUCAGGUAUGUAAUUAAAAAAAAAAGGUUAAUGGAAUUUAAUAAAUUAUUAAAAAAAAAAAAACAGUGACGCCACCGGGCGUUGACAUCAAUUAAAAAUGUGUCGCACUCGUAGUUGCCUGCACUGCGCUGAAUCGAUCGCGGCAACACGCAUGCGCGGAAACUUCCCACACGUCAGUGGAGUCAACUCGCGAACGGUCGCUGGUCUCCGCGAUGCCGAAACCCACUCCCGUCGAGGACCUGAUCAUCCCACCGCAGGACCAAAAGAUAUGCGGGACCAUAUGCGUGUGUCAAAUGACAGCCGUUCUUAGCUGCGUAGCCAUCGUGUAUCUAACUGUGGCCAUUUACAUGCCAUAUACGCGCGCCAUCGCGUCAGGCAUCGACCCAACCCCCAUAAUGUGUACGACAACUAGAGCCGUCAACAAAGACAAUUGCGACUGGGGCUCUUGUGGCGAGUGGUGCUUGAGCAAGACCUCCGGCGCGUGCAUCCAAAUCUACGUCAACGUCAGGAAGAAUGGAACGUCCUUGUUACUAUCUGAAUGUGGCAGCGCUGCUAACAAAACCUGUUACGGCAUCGAUCAAGAGAACGCCAAGAAGUAUCAUUGCAUUCGAGAUGAAUGCAGAAACUUAACUGGCACCUUCAAUUGCACGGAAGGAAAAUGUAUAAACAUAACAGACGCUUUCGAAUGCGCUUUCAGAGAUACAGAUCCACCGCUGAAGUGUUCCGGUAGAAGAGGGAAGAUCACGUGUAUAGACGUUCACGGAUUGUUUUCGUGUAGCAGAGGCACUUGUAGAAAAAUAAAAACGCCGUACAAUUGUGACAGACGGUGCGUCGACAUCCCGACCCGUCACAAAAACGUUAUAGUACUAAGUGGUGAUAGAGUGUUUCUAGCUAGGUGUUCGAAAUUGGCUCAAGAGGACGGCGGUAAUGUAGUUUGGACUGAUUCAGGUGAAGAAGUGUUGAUGUUGUCCUGUCACGCUGUUCACAAUGGCACAUCAGGUGUUGUCGCCGUUGAUUGUAUCAACGCAGCUUUGCUACCGAGAACAGAUAUUUCUGAUCUGACUAACUUUACAUAUUUACAAUAUUUAUACACCAUCAAAGCUGUUCCCAAUAGAGUAAUCGCGCCAUCUGAAGUUGAGCUGACAAUGGCUAAUGAUAGUAGAUUAAUGAUCAAUCUAGAAGGUUGCGUGAACACUUUGGCUGAUGAGUGCAAAGAAUUUCUAAAAACGUACGGACGCGAUGGAACUGACCACAAUGCUAAAGCAAGAUUUCCCUGCUUCUACACUGAAAACAAUCCGGAUAUAGUGGUUGCUAGAUUUGAUUUGGAUGCUACAUAUCGCCAGUUCCUAGUCGCUUUGGUUCUGCCGACUGUGCUUGUGGUGGUGUCAUGUAUAACGUUGCUGCUAUGUCAGACGACAGUGGAGGUCGGUGAUGAUGCAAAGAUGAGAUUCAAGAGCUGUGCUGGUGGCCAGGCUGAGAUGCAGCUGUCACCGAAUGAUCCUGUUUCUCCCCUCUGA